GCUGAUAAGCGUUUAAGACAAUGUUGGCAUAUUGCCCAUCUCUGUAACAGUUAUAUAUAAACAACUCUAGCAAAACUAUACAAUUUUACCUGCCAUGGGCAAUUUGACCUCCACGAACACCGCAUCAAUGGAUAUCAGUCCGCAUGCUGCCGACCAUCAAAACCGCAAUCACAGACACAGCUACAAUGUCACCGAACAAGUGAGUGAUGAUGAGUCGCCUGAUAAUCACAGCAAUAACCCCAACAACAACAUCGGCAACAUAACAAUCAGAGUCAAUAAUGGAUUGAGCAAUGGCAGCGGCGCCAGCGGUAACGCUAAUGGAAAUGGCACCACAGCAUCCGGCAAUGGUGUCGCGAAAGUACCGCGUUCAUAUGAGCCACGCGAGCAGCGCAUCAUCACCAAGAAUGUAAUCGUUAUCGGCCUGGCAUUUAUGAUACACUUCACUGCUUUCCAUGGCACUUCGAAUUUGCAGAGCUCCGUAAAUUCGGACAAGGCAUUGGGCACCACAACGCUUGCUGUCAUUUAUGGCUCGCUGAUUUUAUCGAAUAUAUUUCUACCGAUGACAGUUAUAAG